AUGGCUCCAGGUCAAAGCCGCAGUGUCUUCGUGGGAAAUAUCCCCUUCAACUUGAGCGAAGAGAACAUCGUCAAGAUCCUCUCCUACGCUGGAACGGUGGUCAAAUUCAGACUCAUGUCAAAUCCGGACACCGGCAAAUCCAAAGGCUUUGGCUUCGCUGAUUUUGCAGACGUCGACGCUGCUGCGACCGCAGUGAGAAAUCUGAAUGACUACGAGAUCGAUGGACGCAAAAUCCGUGUCGAUUGGCCUCACAAUAACGAGAAAGACUCUGUACCUUCCAACUACGAUCAGACCGCCCCAACCAACGAUGGCUUCCAAGCCAGCGGUGCCAACGCUCUCCCUCCCCUUCCGGCUGGAGUCGAUCUACCUCCAAAUCUACGAGCCACCGAUGCCAUUUCACAAACACUCAAUUCUCUUCCAGCGCCUCAGCUACUCGACGUUCUCACGCAGAUGAAAGCUCUCGCUAUCUCAGAUCCUGCCAAAGCCACAUCCCUCCUCAAGACCGCACCACAAUUGUCCUAUGCCAUUUUCCAGGCUUUGAUCUUGAUGAAUCUGGUUGAUCCCAAAGUGCUUGCCCAAGUCGUCGAGCAAGCUACAAGACCGGCUCAAUCUGCAAACAUCCCUCCACCACAACCUACUCCUCAACAGUACCCUGGGUAUCCGCAACCUAUUCCAGGUCAGAUGCCACCAAGGCCACAACAGCAAUACGCACCGACCCCUGUACCACAGCAACAAGCCCCUCCGCCGCCUCAACCCCAAUUACAGUUGUCUCAACAAGAAAUGAUCCAGCAAGUGCUUGCUAUGGAUCAAAGAACGAUUGAUUCCUUGCCUCCUACCGAAAGGGCACAGAUCAUUCAGAUCCGCGCCCAAAUGGGCGUCAGAUAA